AUGGCUGCCUUUCUUGACCAAAUCCUCCUUGAAGAUAUCGCAAAGAACUGCCCUCAGCAGUUCAUAUCCUUCCAGCAAUGCAUGAGCAACACCGGCGGCGAUAUCCGUCCGUGUCUUGACCUCCAAAAGAAUUUGGCGGCGUGUAUCAAGACCGAGGUACCAGCCUUGCAGAGAAUCCAAACAGACUGCAAGGACAAGUUGCUCGGUUACGAAUCGUGCUUAAAGAAGAACAUGGGUGAUGUCCAGCAGUGUGCCGAUGGUCUCACCGAGUUGAGAGAAUGUGCCACCGGUACGUUCAGCAAGGAAGAGUUAAACGGUGCCUUCAACACCUUGAAAUAA